UUCCGUUCCCGCUGUGUGAAACGGAGCACCUAAACCCUAACUUAAAUCUGAAUGCAUUUGUCUAUUCGGUGCCUGAAAACUUCGAACUUUUUGCAAAAAAUAUCUUGUGUACCAUGUCUCUCUAGGUUUUGUUAAACAAGUUAGGGGUACAAAUACAAUACAUUCUACAGGAGAAUCAAUCCAGAGGGGGGUUGGGCGAUCCCUCUCCCACCACCCAAACCCCUCCUGCCUGGAAGGACAUAAUCCAUUUUGUUUGAUUGCCAAUUUGGGAUAGGUUUCGAUUGUUAUGGAUUUGCAUGUAUUUCAAUAUUUGGCUCAUGGCUGAGGCAAGUUUUAGACCAUUUGACUAUGUACAUGAUAAAAUCAGUGUAGUAAACAAGAUAUAUUAUUUCUCUUGCAUAAUAAGAUACUGAGCGAGUAUCACGUAUACAGAGACAACUUUGACUCAGUAAUACACUAGAAAUUUGUGUCUAGUUAGGCCCAACACUCAGUAACUUGGUCAAUAUACCAAACUUGCUCUCCCGCUGAAGCUGAGAGGUGGGCUAUGAAGCAGCAUCUGCACUGUGAGAGACUGAGAGCACAAAUGAAUCCAUCAAAAGUGGUCACUAAGGAACACUGAACUGCAAAAACGAAGAUAAAUAAAGCAUUUGUUAGAGUAAAAAUAAUGAUCACUGAAAACUUCACGAAUUGCGUUUUGCAAAGAGCACACCACUAUUGAGAUACUAACAAUAAAGGAUUUCAAGACGAUUUCGUUUUGGGGCCUAAGCAAUAUUAAAUCAGUCCUCCUCAAAUAGAAAAUUUAAUCGGUGCUAUAUCAGUACAUAAAAAAAGAAUGCUGGAUGAAAACAUGUUUUUUUCCUUGUACUCGGAAAAGUGAAAAACAAAGUUUUGCUUGACCGCUGAACAUAUAUGGAUAAAUAGCUCUGUGUUAAGUUCUUCCAGAAUACUGUCCACGGAAAAUUUCUGCUAAAAUUGAGAAUUACUAAAUUACAAAAACUCUGAAAGUAUCAAUUUAGCAGUAGCACUAGACACUAGGAUAUUUAUCCAAAUAAAAUGGACUUAAUAUCACAGGGAAAAACCUCAAAUUAAUCUGAUCACCAUACAUUUUAAAAAUAAUAUACUAGUACAGCAUGAAAAUAACUAGUACUCGGAAAAAUGUAGAAUAGACAUAGAGUAACGAUUUUCUGAACAAUUUAGCAGAGCAAGAACUCAGUCAGAUAGGUUAACCAAGAACAAAUGAGAGUAGCACUGUAGCAGUAAGCUAGUAACGACCAGAUAAAAUUAUAUAAUGCAUACCAAUGAUACUGAUAUAAUACUCUAUUCUGCAGUGAACUAGUGAAGUAUGGCCAGAGACAAGUGAAAACAAUUGAAAAUAGUAACUCUAUUCUGGUUUGUCAUAAAUGUGGAUAAUCUUCUAUAUAAACUUGGUCAAGCAUAAAACAUUUCGUUUAAGAUAAAACCAAAACGCCACUCUUUGCAGGGUAGAGGUAGUAUUAAUAUUAAUAUAACUUUGUAAGUUCAAAUCUGUGAGAUUGUACUUUGAAAAAUUCAAAUCCAUGUUGCCAACUAAAAGCUAACUAAUACAAUACAUUCUUCAACAGUAACUGUCAUACUGUCUGCAUCUUCUAUGGUCUAUUAAAGUAGCAUAAGAGAUCCAAUUAACAAUUCACAACUGCAAGAUAAUACCUGUAGUGGAAAUCCAGUUUCUGGUGAGUCUGAACAUUCAGAAAUAAUGAGAGCACAUGAGAAAAUGCUGCAGUAGGACAGUACCUAAUUAUCAUGUGCGUGCCCCUAGACACACCAUUUUUAUCUUAUUGAGGAAACAGAAAAUCUAAAUCAAAUGCAAGAAAUAUUAGCCAAUACUAAGCGGCAAAAUUUCCUUCCUCAACCCUUAAUCCCUUAUCAAUAUUUUUUACUUAUCCCAUUCAUCCUACCACUAUUGUCAGGACAAACAAAACUAAUGUAUGCCGAAAUGAACAGAGCACAUAUAUUUAAAAUGUCCUUCAUAGUUGUUAAGGCGUCGCUUAAUCGGUAAGGCGAGGAUUAGGGGCAAGGCAUCCGCCUCGCCUUACGUAGUUACGUCAGUGACUAAGGUGUCCGCCUUAGACCUCAAGGCGUCGCCUUGGCGCCUAGAGUCUCUGAGGCAUCGCUCCGCGGACGCCAUGAAAUGAUGUAGGGCUGGCCGGCUGGGUACAUACCUUAAGCGGCUACGCGUUGAAGGUGCUCUGGAGCCUGGAUCUCCAGCGACGGCGGCGGUUUCCCGGUGGUGGUGAUUGCGUUGCGCCUCUCUAGGCAGCUUCUCAAGGCGGUGGGUGGCCAACACGGGAGAAGCUCCCCUCCGGGCUCAGUGGCAAGUGUCGGCUGUGCUCCCAAGAGUUCCAAUCGAACGAACUGUUGGAGGUGGGUCUGUCAGCCGUGGAAGGAAGGAGGAUUUAGGGUUAGGUGUUUUAUAGUGUUUCCCUGUUUGGCCUUUGGGCUAUUGGGCUGCAGCCUCCCUAUUUGCUACUAUUAUCUCUAUCUAUUUGAGACAAUUCCUAUAUUUUCUAAUUUUAUUUCCUAUUUUCAUAUAUUACUAAGGUGUCGUAUCGCCUUACGCCUUAUCGUUUAAAAGGUAGGGGGGGGUCGGUCGCCUUGCCGCCUUAGCAACUAUGCUGUCCUUACCUUCUGAUAGUACAAACGAAACAUAAGCCGUAAAUUCAUUUUGCAACUUCUAGUGCUUUCAAUGGAAACAUAAUUGAUUUAACCUACUAAUUUGCAAGCAAAACUGAGUAAGUGCUAAACUAGAUUCAGAUCCCAGCCUAUUAUAGGCUUAAAACACUGCCAUAUACUUUAAGGAGUUGCAGUGGUAAUUAAAAAAACACUAGCCAAAAUCGAUUCCCAGCUGCAAUCACUAAACCAUAUGUUUUACAUUUUAGAAUGAAGUGAACUAUACCAUGUGGAUUUUGGUACACAACCAAGUACCCUAUGCCGUUCUCGUUUUCAAUUUGCAAGCACAAAUAAAUAUAUGCACCUCGAAUUGUGACACUAGGCACCUUACUAUACUACACUUUGUAUUUAUCAACACUACUGUAUUAGAACUUUAGAAGCUUGGAAGAUUAAAAAAACCAUUUUAAUCCACUGGCAUUAGUUUCUCUAUCUUCUGAAAGUUCUAUUGUUGAAAUGGCAAAACGUUUUUAUUGGUUUGGAAAUAUAUAUGUUUCCUAAUACUAUCAGAGAACCAAUUUAUCAAGAUGAUAUGAACAGUACAAAAUUGAUCCAAAAAAUCUAGUUAUCUGUCCCUAAGGAAAAUAAUACCGAAGAUUGUAAGAGGCACUAGGAUAAGGCUGGAUUUUGCCUCCUGGCUGGAGGUGUCCCAAACAUCAUACUUGUUCGGGCUGGAAGCAUAUGAGCCACACGGCAUCCCAUUGCAGCAUUGUGCAUUCUCCGUGGAUCUAUGGCGUGAGCAAGCCAUUCACCAUGUAAGACUGUAGCACAGAGGGAGGGAGGGGGGGCAAGUACCAGGCGCCGCCUGCCAAGGAGAAGAGUGCUGAGAAGGAGCUCUGCUGGAAUUGCGUGUAGUCUUGUUGGUGUCGGUGUGUUGGAUGCGUGAGGGUCACACGACAACACAACCCACCCGACCUCAAGUGGGGAUGCUUGUUUCCACUGUGGAUCGAUGUUUAUUGGGCUACAACAAAUCCAACCCAUGUCAUUGCCAAAUGCUCGUUUGGCCCAAGACACAGUUUGCUCCCCGGCGUGGGUUUCGCUCCCCACAUGCCCGUGGAUCUGCCCCUGAACUACCCGUUCCAUAGUCUUCCAAACAAGGCCUUACAGGGUUUACCAUUGUGACCUACAGUGGGAACUUGAGCAUGCUUAUAGUGAAGGUUGGUGGGUUUUGUGGGACAAUGGGACAUAGCCACAUAGGAUUGGAUUUUAGUCUGGUUUUGGUGUUUUGCUGUGGACAGAAAGAAGAUCAGCGGUUUGUUGGAGUAUCGAAGGUGGUGAUUUCGUAGCGUGGUGUUGCAGUUUGGUUGGAGCUUGGAGUUUAGAGGGAAGAUUUGGUGAUGAGCAGCCGCAGCCUGCCGCCGAAGGAUCGCAGGAUGCGUACUGAACGCACCUCAUACCGUGAUGCACCAUAUCGGAGGGACAGCCGCCAUGGUCCAAGCAGGUUUCGUAAUGAUUUGUGCAACAAUUGUAAGCGUCCUGGGCAUUUUGCUAGAGAGUGUCCUAGCGUGGCUGUCUGCCAUACCUGCGGGCUUCCUGGGCACAUUGCAGCCGAAUGUUCUUCCAAAGGUGUUUGCUGGAACUGCAAAGAGCCUGGCCACAUGGCUAACAGCUGCCCAAAUGAAGGGAUAUGCCGUAACUGUGGCAAGUCCGGUCACAUUGCAAGAGACUGCACCGCUCCACCAGUGCCGCCAGGAGAAGUGAUCCUUUGCAGCAACUGCUACAAACCAGGGCAUUUUCGUGAGGAAUGCACCAAUGAGAAGGCCUGCAAUAAUUGCCGGCAGAGCGGCCACCUUGCCCGUAACUGCACCAAUGAUCCUGUUUGCAACCUGUGCAAUGUUGCUGGCCAUCUGGCCCGUCAGUGCCCCAAGUCUGAUACAUUGGGUGAGAGGGGUGGGCCUCCUCCCUUCCGUGGUGUUGGCGCUCCCUUCCAUGAUGUUGGCGCUCCCUUCCGUGGUGGCUUCAGUGACGUGGUCUGCCGGGCCUGCAACCAGAUUGGCCAUACGAGUCGUGAUUGCAUGGCUGGUGCCUUCAUGAUCUGCCACAACUGUGGCGGCCGUGGCCACAUGGCUUAUGAGUGUCCCUCUGCCAGUCUCAUGGACCGGUUCCCCCCUCGCCGUUUCUGAAGGAAGGACAUCCAAGGGCUGUUCAGAUGGCUGUUGUUUUCAGCCCAUUUUGUCAGGAGCACCUGUUUUGCUUUGCUUUAUGUAUUUCUAAACCCGAAUGGAUUCUAGAUAUUUCAGAUUCAUAACUCGUCAGCGCUAUUUGUAAUUCUGGAUAUGUUACCCGACUCCGAUGUUCUUGAUGAUAAUGUUUGAAGACGGGGAUACUUGCCCUUACGAACUCAAAUUCA